UGCCGCCUGAUAAGUAAUUUGUCUGAUACUGGAAAAAAAAAAGUUACCUCCCACGUUCAAGGCGUCACAUCAGGUACUGGCGAGUGGCCUUCUCGGCACGAACAUGGUGGUUUUGUCCUCCAAUGGCUGACGGCGGCCAGGCCAUGGCAUCGUCGUCACGGCCGCUCAUUGGGCGGGGAACCCUGCCCCUGAAUCUGGUCCAGCAUCACCUGCAGCUUCAUUCUCGGUCGCCCAUUUGACCUUUCGAGUCUGCAGCUCGUGCACCCUACACCCCCCUUGCUCUGCUGUAUUUUCGCCAAUUCUGCCCGUGAUUCGAACGUCAAGUCAACAUGUGGAAAUUCACCUCAUCCAACAUCGGGGAAAACGUGCCAACACCAUCAUGAACAACAGCCGAGAACCUGAGACGAAAUUUCUCUUUUCGCAACACCCCUUUCCAGAGACAAUGUUCACGACUCGAUGACAACAUGACUGAUCUGCUCCCAUGCCAGUAUGAAACCGCUCAUGUUCACUCGAUAUGGUUUCACUCAACCAAGAAUAGCGCCGGGUGGUAUAUCUGGCUUCGACCAAUCUGCUAGUGAGUUGAUGAGGACCAUAUCGAGUGAGAAACGGCGGUACAUACUCUGCGCAAGCCAACGCCCGAUGCUUCAUCGUAUUCUUGUGGUUGCAGUCGGAUGGGUAUCCUUGAUCCCGAAUAGGAAGGUUGUCGAACCCUUGAUCUGAAAGCUGUCCGGUUAUCGCACCGCAAGUGCCGUCGAUGGAUAUCCAUAUAAGAUGGAUCGAGUGUCUCGUUCGAUCGGACUUCAAGUGAAGAGCAUUCGGCCGGGCAUCCCUCGUUUACCGCCUCAGAAGCCGCCAGACCAAGUCGUCAACAUGGCAUUCCGUACCCUCUUCUUUGCGGCCUACGCUUCGGCACUCACCGUGCCCAGGAACACCACCUUUACUCCCCCUUCCCCCUCCUCGUCCACACUGGAUGAUGUUCACCUCUGGGGAGUAGCCAUCAACCCACCCACCGCCCUACCCCAAGCCGCCACCGCCAACGACCUCCGGUGGCAGCCCUCUCUCGACUUUGACACCGACGGCUGCUACAACGUCCCAGCCAUUGGCGCCGACGGCACCAUCGCCCAAGGCCUCCCUCACAACUUUGUCUCUCCCUCCUCCGACUGCCGCGACCCGUCCGACCUGGACAACAACAACGUGUACUCCCGACAGCGCUGCAAUGCCAACGGCUGGUGCAUUUAUCUCUAUGACUACUACUUCGAGAAGGACGUAGCCAUCCCCUACCUGCUGGAUGUGGGCCAUACACACGACUGGGAGCACAUCGCCGUCUGGGUGGACGCAAACAACAAAGCCCAGUACGUCGCCGCCUCUAAGCACGGCGGUUACCAGAUCAAGGCCGCCGCUGAUGUCAGGUGGGAUGGGGAGCAUCCCAAAAUAGUCUACCACAAGGAUGGGGCGAACACGCACUGCUUCCGGUUCGCGGACGCGGCGGAUGAUGCCAUUGAGAAUGCUAAAGGCGUCUGGUUCAGGGGCCCAUUGGUUUCAUAUAAUGGGUUUCCGGCGGGGAUUAGGGACCUACUGUAUGCGCACGAUUUCGGCAAGGCGAAUAUUGCGCUGAAAGACUCGGCGUUUCCGGGGAAUAUCAUGAGUGCGAAGCCGACUGCUAUCACUUUCGAUGCAUCUGUAGAUGCCUUGGGGUCGCCAGGGUACCCUUAGGGGAUCGGCUGGGAAUUGUGAAUCAUUGGAUGAUGGUUUUGGUCUCCUUUGCGUGGCAUAUAUUACCAUGGUAUUGGGUGGAAGUCAACAUUGGAUACUUCUGGUCGAUCCAGAACGUGUGUCACCUGACAAGGAAUGAGUCUUUGAGUCUACAUUUUUGUACAUAGUGCUUUGGUACUUGUUUCCAUUUCAUACCUUACCUAGGUUCCCUUACUCCUGACAACAGGUGACGG